AAGGGACAGCUUCCUCUGUCCUCCUUUUCAGUCAGGCAGCUCCCAGAUCCUGGACUAGGCAAAGAGGCCACCCGAGGACCUGGCUGUGCUCUUUCCUUUUUCCUCUUCCCUCCUCAGUGGAAGGCAAGGGUACACUCUGGGCCAUGAGGCUUCCAUUACUCCUGGCUUUUAUCUCUGCCAUCCCGGCCGCUGUUCAGCUAUUGGAUACGAGGCACUUUUUAAUCUACAAUGAAGAUCACAAGCGCUGUGUUGAUGCUAUAAGUGCCACCUCGGUUCAGACAGCAAGUUGCAACCCAGAAGCUGAAUCCCAGAAAUUCCGCUGGAUAUCAGAAUCGCAGCUUAUGAGUGUUUUCAAAUUGUGCUUGGGAGUGCCAUUCGGAAAGGAAUGGGACUCUAUCAUUCUGUAUGCCUGUGACCCAAAAAACAAGCUUCAGAAGUGGGAGUGCAAAAAUGACACACUCUUUGGACUCAAGGACACAGAUUUAUAUUUCAAUUAUGGCAACAGACAAGAAAAGAACAUUAAGCUGUACAAAGGUUCUGGUUUGUGGAGCAGAUGGAAGGUCUACGGAACCACAGAUGACCUGUGCUCGAGGGGCUAUGAAGCUAUGUACUCCUUACUGGGCAAUGCAAAUGGAGCCAUCUGCGCAUUUCCCUUCAAGUUUGAAAACAAGUGGUAUGCGGACUGCACCAGUGCUGGGCGGUCAGACGGAUGGCUGUGGUGUGGAACCACCCCUGACUACGACAAGGACAAGUUGUUUGGAUUUUGUCCAUUGCAUUUUGAGGGCAGCGAGAGGUUAUGGAAUAAAGAUCCACUGACUGGCAUUCUGUACCAGAUAAACUCCAAGUCUGCCUUAACCUGGCAUCAGGCAAGGGAAAGCUGCAAACAGCAGAGGGCCAUGCUCUUGAGUGUCACGGAGAUUCAUGAGCAAACAUACCUGACAGGACUGACCAGUUCCUUGAGCUCGGGACUUUGGAUCGGGCUCAACAGUUUGAGCUUCAGCAGUGGUUGGCAGUGGAGUGGAGGCAGCCCGUUCCGGUAUCUGAACUGGCUACCAGGAAGUCCAUCACCGGAACCGGGGAAGAGCUGCGUGUCACUAAACCCCGGGAAGAAUGCAAAGUGGGAGAAUCUGGAGUGUUCUCAGAAGCUGGGCUACAUCUGUAAAAAGGGCAACAACACCCUGAACCCAUUUAUCAUUCCCUCAGAAACUGAUAUACCUACUGGCUGCCCUAGUCAGUGGUGGCCCUAUGCAGGCCAAUGCUACAGGAUCUACAGGGAGGAGAAGAAGAUCCAGAGAUAUGCCUUGCAAGCCUGUCGGAAGGAAGGCGGCGACCUGGCAAGUAUCCACAGCAUCGAGGAGUUUGACUUCAUCUUCUCGCAGCUAGGAUAUGAGAAAACUGAUGAGUUAUGGAUUGGUUUAAAUGACAUCAAGAUUCAAAUGUUCUUUGAGUGGAGCGAUGGGACCCCAGUGACAUUCACUAAAUGGCUUCGUGGAGAGCCAAGCCAUGAAAACAACAGGCAGGAGGACUGUGUGGUGAUGAAAGGCGAGGAUGGGUACUGGGCAGAUAGAGCCUGUGAGGAACCGCUGGGUUACAUCUGUAAGAUGACAUCACAAACCCAUGCUCCGCCACCAGAGGAGGCAGAAAGAGGCUGCCGGAAAGGCUGGAAAAGGCAUGGCUUUUACUGCUACUUGAUCGGACACACCCUUUCAACAUUUGCUGUUGCAAACCAAACAUGCACAAAUGAGAAAGCCUACUUAACCACGGUUGAAGACAGAUAUGAACAAGCAUUCCUGACUAGUUUGGUUGGAUUGAGGCCUGAAAAAUAUUUUUGGACAGGACUUUCAGACGUUCAAAACAAAGGGACUUUUCAAUGGACUGUGGAAGAGCAGGUGCAGUUCACACACUGGAAUGCCGACAUGCCAGGACGAAAGACAGGGUGUGUUGCCAUGAAAACUGGGGUGGCAGGUGGUUUAUGGGAUAUUUUGAAAUGUGAAGAAAAGGCAAAAUUUGUGUGCAAACACUGGGCAGAAGGAGUGACUCGCCCACCAGAGCCCACAACCACUCCUGAGCCCAAAUGUCCAGAAGACUGGGGUACGAGCAGUAAAACCAGUAUGUGCUUCAAGCUGUAUGCAAAAGGAAAACAUGAGAAGAAAACAUGGUUUGAAUCUCGAGAUUAUUGCAAAGCUGUGGGCGGAGAGCUGGCAAGUAUCAAGACUAAAGACGAACAGCAGGUGCUCUGGAGGAUGAUUACGGGCAGUGGAAGCUACCAUGAGCUGUUUUGGUUGGGACUGACCUAUGGGAGUCCUUCAGAGGGGUUCACCUGGAGUGAUGGUUCUCCUGUUUCUUAUGAAAAUUGGGCUUACGGUGAGCCAAAUAAUUACCAAAAUGUUGAAUUCUGUGGUGAGCUGAAAGGCGACCCUGGUAUGUCUUGGAAUGAUAUUAAUUGUGAACACCUCAACAACUGGAUUUGUCAGAUAAAAAAAGGAAAACCACUACUACCAGAGCCCACCCCUGCUCCUCAAGACAAUCCAACAGUUACUGCAGAUGGGUGGGUUAUUUACAAAGACUACCAGUAUUAUUUCAGCAAAGAGAAGGAAACCAUGGACAAUGCCCGAGCAUUUUGCAAGAAGAAUUUUGGUGACCUUGUUACUAUUAAAAGUGAAAGUGAAAAGAAGUUUCUAUGGAAAUACGUGAACAAGAAUGGUGGACAGUCACCGUAUUUUAUUGGCAUGUUGAUCAGCUUGGAUAAGAAGUUCAUUUGGAUGGAUGGAAGCAAAGUGGAUUUUGUGGCUUGGGCCACAGGGGAACCCAACUUCGCCAACGAUGAUGAGAACUGUGUAACGAUGUAUACUAAUUCAGGUUUCUGGAAUGAUAUCAACUGUGGCUUUCCAAAUAACUUCAUCUGCCAGCGACAUAAUAGCAGCAUCAAUGCCACCGCCAUGCCUACCACACCCCCAACCCCAGGUGGCUGCAAGGAAGGUUGGCAUCUGUAUAACAACAAGUGCUUAAAAAUUUUUGGAUUUGGUGCAGAUGAAAAAAAAAGUUGGCACGAGGCACGGAAAAUUUGCACAAAUUUUCAUGGAAACCUUGUGUCCAUAGAAAAUGCAAAAGAGCAAGCAUUUAUUACCUAUCAUAUGAGAGACUCCACUUUUAAUGCCUGGAUUGGGCUCAACGAUGUCAAUUCAGAGCACACUUUCCUUUGGACAGCUGGACAGGGGGUUCAUUACACAAACUGGGGCAAAGGCUUUCCUGGCGGAAGGAGAAGCAGCCUGUCUUAUGAAGAUGUUGACUGUGUUGUUGUUAUUGGUGGCAUGUCACGGGAUGCUGGGACCUGGAUGGAUAGCACCUGUGAUAGUAAGCAAGGCUAUAUAUGCCAGACACGGCCUGACCCUUCCUUGCAUGUUUCUCCAACCACAGUUCCAACAGAUGGCUUUGUUAAAUAUGGUAAAAGCAGCUAUUCUCUCAUGAAACUGAAGUUUCCAUGGCAUAAAGCAGAGGAAUAUUGCAAGGACCGCACUUCUCUUCUUGCUAGCAUUCUAGACCCCUACAGCAAUGCGUUUGCGUGGAUGAAAAUGCACCCAUUUAAUGUACCCAUGUGGAUUGCACUGAACAGCAACUUGACCAAAAAUGAGUACACUUGGACUGAUAAGUGGAGGGUGCGAUACACAAACUGGGGCACUGACGAGCCCAAACUUAAAUCAGCCUGUGUUUACAUGGAUGUUGACGGCUACUGGAAGACAUCAUACUGCAAUGAAAGUUUUUAUUUUCUCUGCAAAAAAUCAGAUGAAAUACCUGCCACUGAACCGCCACAGCUGCCUGGCAAGUGUCCUGAGUCAGAGCAGACUGCGUGGAUUCCUUUCUCUGGCCAUUGCUACUAUAUUGAAUCCUCAUUUACAAGGAAUUGGGGCCAAGCUUCCCUGGAAUGUCUUCGAAUGGGUGCCACCCUGGCUUCCAUCGAAACUGCAGCUGAAUCCAGUUUUCUGUCAUACCGUGUUGAACCUCUUAAAAGUAAAACCAAUUUUUGGAUAGGCAUGUUCCGAAAUGUUGAAGGAAAAUGGCUUUGGUUGGACAGCAAUCCGGUCUCCUUUGUCAACUGGAACACGGGUGAUCCCUCUGGUGAACGAAAUGAUUGUGUAGUUUUAUCCUCAUCUUCUGGCUUUUGGAAUAAUAUCCACUGUACUUCCUACAAAGGAUUUAUUUGUAAAAUGCCAAAGAUUGUUGAUCCUGUGACUACACACCCAUCCAUUACAACGAAAGCUGAGCAAAGGAAGAUGGAUCCUCAGCCCAGGGGCUCCUCCAAAGCAGCAGGAGUGGUCAUUGUGGUCCUCCUUAUUCUGAUGGGUGCUGGCGUUGCAGCUUAUUUCUUUUAUAAGAAAAGGCAUGCGCUGCACAUACCUCAAGAGGUCACCUUCGAAAACACUCUCUACUUUAACAGCAAUCCAAAUCCAGGAGCAAGUGACACGAAAGAUCUCAUGGGCAACAUUGAGCAGAAUGAGCAUGCCGUCAUCUAGAGUCACAGUGUGACUGCCUUAUUUUCGAAUUUC